AUGGCUGAGAUCCGACGAAAGCUUGUGAUUGUUGGUGACGGUGCUUGUGGAAAGACUUGUCUUUUGAUUGUGUUCUCCAAGGGCACUUUCCCUGAGGUCUACGUCCCAACCGUCUUCGAAAACUACGUUGCUGAUGUCGAAGUCGAUGGGAAACAUGUCGAGCUCGCCCUUUGGGAUACUGCUGGACAGGAAGACUACGACCGUCUUCGCCCCCUCUCCUACCCAGAUUCCCACGUGAUUCUCAUCUGCUUCGCCAUUGAUUCUCCAGACUCUUUGGACAACGUUCAGGAGAAGUGGAUCUCUGAAGUUCUUCACUUCUGCUCUGGCCACCCUAUCAUUCUUGUUGGGUGCAAGAAGGAUUUGCGUCACGACCCCCGCACUAUCGAAGAAUUGCACAAGACUUCUCAGAAGCCAGUCACUCCCGAGCAGGGUGAGGAAAUCCGCAAGAAGAUCGGUGCUUACAAAUACCUCGAAUGCUCUGCCAGAACCGGCGACGGUGUCCGUGAAGUUUUCGAAUGCGCCACCCGUGCUGCCCUUUUGGCAAAGACCGAGAAAAAGAAGCCCCGCUGCCGGAUCUUGUAA